UGCAGAGCAGAGCUACACGUGAGACCCCAGGAGAGCUCACUUGAUUUUCACAGUCAAGUAAUUAGCAUCAUGUAAUGUUCAAGGCACACAUAAGGGGUAGCAUAUUGUCAACAUUUGUCAUUUUAAUGUACUGUCUGACAACCAGCCGGUCAGGAUGCAUUUACACGUUACUUUAUUGAUAUUGUUUCAUGGAAUCUUACUAGUUUAUUCUCAGGAAGAAGAAACUUGUCGAUUAAUUGGGAAAUUUGAAAUCAACCAGCUACAAGAAGCAAAGGGAAGCCAUCUGAUUAUUGGUGGAAUGUUUCCUAUUCAUUUUCGGACUAUUUUCAUAAAUGCUUCCACUACUGAUCCCCCAAUUUCCCCUGAAUGUGAAGGGUUCAACUUCAGAAGCUUUCGUUGGGUCAGAGCAAUGACAUAUGCAAUAGAAGAGAUCAACAGAAGUAAAGAUGUCCUCCCAAACAUAACACUAGGUUACACAAUAUAUGACACGUGCUUCACCAUUUCCAAAGCUGUUGAAGGGACCCUGGUCUACCUUACAGGGCAAGAUGAAACAAUGCCAAAUUUUCGAUGCAGUGGGGGUGCUCCUCUGGCUGCUGUUGUAGGAGCAGGAGGAUCAGCUCUGUCCAUUGCAACAGCUAGGAUUUUUGGACUUUAUUACUUUCCUCAGAUUGGUUAUGUCUCUUCAUGCUCCCUGCUAAGUGACAAAUUUCAGUUCCCUUCAUUUCUUCGCACGGUUCCAAGUGAUGACUUUCAAUCCAGAGGCAUGGCACAGUUAAUUGUAAACUUUGGAUGGACCUGGGUAGGAACAAUAGCUGCAGAUGAUGACUAUGGGAAGUAUGGGAUUAAGCUAUUCAAGGAAGAAGUGGAAAAAGUCGGCGUCUGCAUUUCCUUUUCUGAGACACUUCCACGACUGUACUCAAAAGAUGCAAUUCAGAAAAUAGUAGAUGUAAUCAAUGGAUCUACUGCAAAUAUUAUUGUUGUCUUCUCUUCAGACAUCGACCUCAGUCCAUUAAUUGAAGAACUUGCACGGCAAGGUAUGAGAAAAAGAUUGUGGGUUGCGAGCGAAGCCUGGGUUACAUCAGCCACGAUUGCUAAACCAGAGUAUUUUCGUUUUCUUGGUGGAAUCUUGGGCUUUGCACUGCGUAGAGCUGAUCUACCUGAUUUUGAUACUUACCUUAAUAAGUUGCAUCCUAAUAGAACUACUGAAGAACUUGUGUAUGAAUUCUGGGAACAUGCCUUUAACUGCACCUGGACCUUGGGUAUGCCAUCUAGUUCUGGCGGAUACAGUUAUUCACCACUAACAAGAACACAUAGUAUUCCACCUGUUUCUUCCAAACCAUGUACAGGACGUGAAAAACUGUCAGAUAUUAUGAACACGUAUACUGACAUCUCACAGCUCAGGAUAACAUACAGUGUUUAUAAAUCUGUAUACACUGCUGCUUAUGCACUUCAUAACUUGGCUACUUGUAGAAAUGGAACUGGACCAUUUAUUAAUGGGACGUGUGCUGAUAUUAUUGAAUUUGAACCUUGGCAGGCACCUCGCUCUGUCUGCAGUGAAAGUUGUAAACCUGGAACAAGAAAGGGAAUUCGACAAGGCGAACCAGUUUGCUGCUUUGAUUGUAUUGAUUGUGCUGAUGGAGAAAUAACCAAUGAAACAGAUGCCAGAGAGUGCACUCCAUGUUCGCAAGACUACUGGUCCAAUACAGAAAAGACUCAGUGCGUAUUAAAGCUGAUCGAAUUCCUGGCAUAUGAUGAAGCACUAGGAGUGACAUUAAUGGUCCUCACUGUAUUUGGAGCCUGUAUCACUUUUGCUGUUACUGUGGCUUACAUUCUUCACCGAGAUACACCACUUGUGAAAUCAAAUGACCGUGAGCUGAGUUUUGGCAUUCAGUUUUCAAUUGUUGUUACAUUCAUUAGUGCGAUUAUCUUCAUAGGCAAACCUUUGGAUUGGUCUUGCAUGACUCGGCAGGCUUUGCUUGGGUUGGGAUUUUCUUUAUGCCUCUCUUGUGUACUGGGGAAGUCAGUCAUGCUCAUGCUGAGAGCCAGAGGUGCUAAAAAGGCCAGAAAGCUUCGAGAGAAGAUUAAAGCAGCAGAGAAAGCUGGUGAGAAACUCAGUGACAGACUACUGCAGAAAUCUCCGGAGGAACUAGAAAAAGUCUCCUUGACCGCUCUUCAUCAAAAGAUAAUUGCGUGUUGUGGUAUGGUGGCACAGGUAUGCAUUGUGACAUCAUGGCUGGUGGUUUUUCCCCCAACCGCUGUGAAGAACACUGCUUCUCAAAACAUUAAGAUAAUUUUUGAAUGCAAUGAGGGUUCUGUGAUAUUGCUCUGUGCUAUGUAUGGGUAUGACCUCUUAUUAGCAUUUAUGUGUCUUGUCUGUGCAUUUGUUGCCCGUAAAUCACCAGACAACUUCAAUGAAGGAAAAUUUGUCACCUUUGGCAUGUUGGUCUUCUUCAUUGUCUGGAUUUCUUUCGUUCCUGCAUAUCUAAGUACACGAGGGAAAUUCAUGGUUGCUGUUGAAAUAUUUGCUAUUCUGGCAUCAAGUUAUGGACUGCUUGGCUGCAUAUUUGCUCCUAAAUGUUACAUCAUUUUAGUGAAGCCUGCCAGAAACACAGAAGAAAUAGUAACUGGAAAAGCCCCAACUAAUGAUAAGAGUGCUCCGCCUACCUCAGCUUCAGUUAGCAGCGAGGUUAUCAACACAACAGUCUCAACGGUUGCACUGGAUGAUUAAAUCUUUAGUUUUGUUGUACCACUUGAAAACAUGAACUGUUCCCAGCACUUAGAAGCUUAUGAUAACAUAUAAUUUAAUUUUUUCUCACCUUCAGGUGAUCACUUGUUAAUAAAAGAUUUUAUAAACAAUGUUUAUGUCAUAAAAGCUGUUGUAAGCAAUGUUUAUCACUACUGACAAAACAUCUAUAUUUAAUGGA